GUUCGUCAGCUCGCGGUAUCGUGCUAUCCGGCCCACUGUCUUCAGAUUCACCCACAAGACGCAGUUAAGAGAAGCAAAAUGCCCAACUACAAAGUGAUCUACUUCAAUGUGAAAGCCCUGGCUGAGCCACUGCGCUUCCUCUUGGCAUAUGGUGGCAUUGAAUUUGAGGAUCUGCGCGUAUCACGCGAAGAAUGGCCCACCCUAAAGUCCUCUAUGCCAAUGGGCCAGAUGCCCGUGCUGGAAGUAGAUGGACGACGAGUUCAUCAGAGCAUUUCAAUGGCACGCUACCUGGCGAAGCAAGUGGGUCUCGUUGGUUCCGAUGCGUGGGAGGAUAUGCAGAUUGACAUCGUUGUCGACACAAUCAAUGAUUUUCGCCUCAAAAUCGCCGUCGUUUCCUACGAGCCCGAUGAUGAUGUGAAGGAGAAGAAGUUGGUCACACUCAACAACGAAGUCAUUCCCUUCUACCUGGAGAAGCUCGAUUCGAUCGCCAAGGAGAAUAAGGGACACUUUGCAUUGGGAAAGCUCACAUGGGCUGACCUCUACUUUGCCGGCAUCCUCGAUUACCUCAACUACAUGACCAAGACCGACCUCACGGAAAAGUACCCCAAUCUCAAGGCCGUUGUGGACAAUGUGCUGUCCAUUGAGAGUAUCAAGGCAUGGGUUGAGAAGCGACCUGUCACCGAAGUCUAAUCUCCUCAAAACCAUUCACACACACCCCAAUGCACAAAAAUCAUCAACCCUCCAUUGCCAGGACAUCAUUGUCAAUGGACAUUGCAUCUGGAUUCUUCUGCACCAUGUGUCCUAUAAUUACUAUUUUUACAAAUAAUACACCACUCUCAGUAAUUUUGUUGCCCGAAGGAAAUAAAGGCCUUUCUUUCAGUUUUCGGUGCUAA